GCGCCUGGCCGCGCCGCGCCGCCGUGGCGCGCCGCGCCGCGCGGCCCGCCGGCGUUCUUGCCGAGGGCCCGCCGGCGAGGCCCGCCGGCGCUGCGGUGGAUCCCAGAGGAUCCUGCGCCGCCGGCAGCGGCGGUGCCUAUCUGCCAUGGUGGCGCAGUGCGACCCAUCCGUCGGCAGCGAGGCGGACACGGCGCCCCCUGGCGCCCUCAUGGUCGGCAGCCCCGUGCUGCUGAAGGGUCUUGUCGCGAAGCCCGAGUGGAACGGCAGAAAAGCCAAGAUCGUGAGCUUCUUGCACGAUGCUGGCAAGUACGAGAUCAAGCUGGACGACGUGGACGUGGUGGUGAAGGUGAAGCCAGAGAACGUGGAGCUGGCCCUGAAGCAGCUCAAGAAGAAGAUCAAGCGCAGGGGCAGCGACGUGGACAGCCCCUGGGGCGAGCGCCGACAGCUGGUCCUGGAGGCCGUGCGGCGCUACAUCGCGGCGAACGAGAGCAGCUGGACCAAGAGCCUGAUGAAGGAGGAGCUGGCCGAGGAGCUCGGCCUGCCCAACGACCAGCAGAUGGCCGCCUUCGUCACGAUGGCGCUCAAGGAGCUCGACGUCCGCGCGUCCAGAGGCCUCAACCUCAGCUCGCCCACGCUGACCCCCGACAGGAAGCGGGCCCGCGCUACGCCGCCGAGCUGGAUGGCGUCUUCACCGGCCUCGCCGGACGUCCACCUUGUGCUGCCGGCGUCGACCGCGAUGAAGUCGCCAGAGCCGGCGGCGGAGGUCGUGGCCUCGAAACCCCUCAAGGCAAUUUAAUACAGUGGAAUCACCCAGUGCGCCUUUGCCUAGGCCCUAGCGCAUGCCCUCCCCCCCGUCGCC